AUGUCAGGCAGAAGAUCCUCUCGUUCGCGGCAGUCGGGUACGUCCAGGAAUAUCAGCGAUGAGCAGAUCACUGAUCUCGUAUCCAAGUUACAGCAGCUUCUUCCUGAGAUUCGCAAUAGGCGCUCCGACAAGGUCUCAGCGUCCAAGGUCCUCCAGGAGACUUGCAACUAUAUCAAAAACUUGCACAGAGAGGUGGAUGACCUAAGUGACCGCUUAUCGGAGCUUUUGGCUUCAACGGACAUGGACAGCGACCAAGCAGCCAUUAUUAGGAGCUUACUUAUGUGA